CCUACUUUAGAGAUGCAGCCAUAAUAAUAUUGAUUUGUAUACUCUAUAUUAUACCAUAAUUGCAAUGCAAAAACAGAACAGACCAGAAUAGGCAAACUAACCAUUAUGCAACCAGAAGAUCAGUCUGUACCACUGUUGACCGAAGUCAAAGCUGGUGCCCGUGUGGCAUAUUGCUGGUGGGGAUGCUGUGUCUUCACUGUUUUAACAGUAGUCGUCUUAUCAGGCAUUCCAAUGUUUAUAGGAUCUGCUUUAUUAUGGAGCAAGAUAACUCCAGAGUACUUUGAGAUUGCUGGAAGUUACGAUGAAGUGAUUUGUAUCGGUUGUGUAGUUGUUUUUACACUUGCUAUAUCUGUCUUGCUAGUUGUAGAUGUGAUAUUGAUUUUUACUAUUCCAAUAUGCUGCAAAUUUGGAGAUAAGCCGAGCCACACUGGAGCUGCUUUUGUCUGUUUUUGCGUCCUUUUAUUGGCUAUAGGAUUUAUUCUCAUUGUCUCAGAGCCAGUUUGGUUUGCAAAAAAUAUGAAUAUUGUUACUAACUAUGAAGAAAGUAGUAAGCUUACAUUCAAGAAACAGAUGCACAACGUGACUAUUCAAUUGAUUUGGGACAAGUAUCAAGCAAAAUUCAAAUGCUGUGGGUAUCGAGGAUACAAAGAUUAUGAAGGUCUAUUUUUGAAUUUUUCUGUUCCUGUAUCUUGUUGCAACACUACAACACUACCUUCACCAUUCGAAUGUGUAAUUGCUGUCAAAAAUGUAACUGAGCGAGAGAUAAACUUGUCCAAUAUUUACACUGAUGGUUGCCCUGCUAAAAUUGUUCACCUACUAAAUUUGGAUUCCUCUACAGUACGCAACAUUAAUAUAGCCUCUGCAGUGUUUUCUGGUUUCUUCUUCCUCGCCGCUAUAGUGAUGAUCCUUCUUACGUUUUGUCUCACUGCUAGGAAUAAAGAGGAUGCGACUGCAAUUGGAACUGGAUUACUGGCCGGUGUGGCGUGUGUUGGGAUUUUUUGUGCAGCACUUGCAAAAGCUAAUCAUUAGAUGCAUGUAAGCAUUCGAUCUGAACUUCACAAUUAUUCUGAACUAUGCACGUAGUGUUGUCUUUAAUUAUAUUUUGUUUAUGCCACAUUUACAAUUAAUAAAACAAGAAAUCCA